GGCAGCGAGAGACCGUGAGAAAUUUCUCGGCGGCGCCGAAGAUGCGCGCCACUUCCGGUCGGGCUCCUAACAACGGGGGAGGCUGGUAACCAAGGUGGGGGGGAUGGCGGAGCGGGUGCCGGAGCCCGAGGCGGAGGCGGAGGCUGAGGCGGGCGCGGGCGGGGAGGCAGCAGCCGAGGAGGGCGCAGCAGGCCGAAAGGCGCGGGGCCGGCCGCGACUCACCGAGUCGGACCGGGCCCGGCGACGGCUCGAGUCCCGGAAGAAGUACGACGUGCGGCGCGUGUACCUGGGCGAGGCGCACGGGCCCUGGGUGGACCUGCGGCGCCGCAGCGGCUGGAGCGACGCCAAGCUCGCCGCCUACCUCAUCUCUCUGGAGCGCGGCCAGCGGAGCGGCCGCCACGGUGCCGCAAGGAAAUCCUUGUUCUGCCCUGGUUUUCAGGACAGCAGGCUGGCUUAUGCUCAAGAGCAGGACUGGAAAUGCUGGGAGCGCAAAGAUACCUGCCUCAUGGAGCGGACAUUCUGGAAGCCUUGGGAGCAGGUCCCCAAAAAGCCAAAGCGGAAGAAAAGGCGGCGACGCAACGUGAACUGCCUGAAGAACGUGGUGAUCUGGUAUGAGGACCACAAGCACCGCUGCCCGUACGAGCCGCACCUGGCGGAGCUAGACCCCACUUUCGGCCUAUACACCACGGCCGUGUGGCAGUGCGAAGCUGGCCACCGCUACUUCCAGGACCUGCAUUCACCCCUGAAGCCCCUCAGCGACUCAGACCCUGACAGUGACAAAGUGGGCAAUGGGCUGGUGGCUGGCAGCUCUGACUCAUCCAGCUCUGGCUCUGCCUCUGACUCUGAGGAGUCCCCUGAGGGCCAGCCGGUCAAGGCUGCGGCAGCGGCAGCGGCAGCGACGCCUACCAGCCCGGUGGGCAGCAGCGGGCUCAUCACUCAGGAGGGCGUGCACAUUCCCUUUGACGUCCACCACGUGGAAAGCCUGGCCGAGCAGGGUACCCCGCUGUGCUCCAACCCGGCAGGCAGUGGGCCUGAAGCCCUGGAGACAGUGGUGUGCGUGCCGGUGCCUGUGCAAGUGGGUGCGGGCCCCGGCGCCCUCUUUGAGAACGUGCCCCAGGAGGCCCUGGGUGAGGUGGUGGCCAGCUGCCCCAUGCCAGGCAUGGUGCCCGGCUCACAGGUGAUCAUCAUUGCGGGCCCUGGCUACGACGCUCUCACGGCCGAGGGCAUUCACCUCAACAUGGCAGCGGGCAGCGGUGCCCCCGGCAGUGGACUGGGCGAGGAGGUGCCCUGUGCCAUGAUGGAGGGUGUGGCAGCCUACACCCAGACAGAGCCCGAGGGUAGCCAGCCUAGCACCACGGACGCCACCGCAGUAGCGGGCAUCGAGACCAAGAAAGAGAAGGAGGACCUGUGCCUGCUAAAGAAGGAGGAGAAGGAGGAGCCAGUAGCCCCAGAGCUGGCAACGACGGUGCCUGAGAGCGCAGAGCCCGAGGCAGAGGCGGACGGGGAGGAGCUGGACGGCAGUGACAUGUCAGCCAUCAUCUAUGAAAUCCCCAAGGAGCCUGAGAAGAGGCGGCGGAGCAAGCGGUCACGGGUGAUGGAUGCUGAUGGCCUGCUUGAGAUGUUCCACUGCCCAUACGAGGGCUGCAGCCAAGUCUACGUGGCCCUCAGCAGCUUCCAGAACCACGUCAAUCUUGUGCAUCGGAAAGGAAAGACCAAAGUGUGCCCUCAUCCUGGCUGUGGCAAGAAGUUCUAUUUAUCCAACCACCUGCGGCGGCACAUGAUCAUCCAUUCAGGUGUCCGUGAAUUCACCUGCGAGACCUGCGGCAAGUCCUUCAAGAGGAAGAACCACCUGGAGGUACAUCGGCGCACCCACACCGGCGAGACCCCCCUGCAGUGCGAGAUCUGUGGCUACCAGUGCCGGCAGCGCGCGUCGCUCAACUGGCACAUGAAGAAGCACACUGCGGAGGUGCAGUACAACUUCACGUGCGAUCGCUGCGGGAAGCGCUUCGAGAAGCUGGACAGCGUCAAGUUCCACACGCUCAAAAGCCACCCGGAUCACAAGCCCACCUGACCACUGACCGCCCCUAUUUAUUCGUCCGCUCGGACACCACGCCCGGGCUUGCCAGGGCCUGGACAGCUGCGAGGGCCGCCCGGACCGCGGGCCGGAAGGAGGCGCCCCCGCCCCGCCCCAGAGCUGGGCCCCCUGGGCAGGUCCCCCACCCCGCCCCACCGCAUCCUUCUCGGAGCUGGUGCCUGGGGCUGCAUUGCUGGAACUGUGUCAAGAGAGCAGAGUGAGAUUAAAGAGCGAGAAAGGA